GGGAGAAUGGCAGUUGCGGCACUGGCUCGGUGGAGCAGCAGGCGAGCCAGAAUUGCAGAGGAGGAGUUCCGGAAAGCAGCCGUCCGGACCCCUCCUCUCCUUUACCCCGCCCCAGCUAAGAGGCGCUUCCACGGGUCUGGGGAGCCCUACCCCCCGUACUUAGACUUCUACCGCCGCAACCGCUGGGAGAUGGGCCUGGUCGUCCGCAGCCCUGCGCCCGCCGCCGCUCGGAGGAGUUGAAGGAGCUAAUUUUAUUUUUCUUUGGCCAUUAAAAAAUUUUUUUUUGGUCAUGUCAGUUCUUUCUUAGCUGACAGAAGAUUUAUAGCAUCAAAACAACACGUGUGCAUAACCACACUUGCACAAAGUCUGAGAGAUGAUAUUCCUUUGCCAAACACAUCUGUAUUUCAGAUGGUGGUACACUUCAACCAAAAAAGUGUGGCUUCUAGAAGAUUUCACACAGUGCAUGUGGUUUGCAUUACAUUUCUGUUGGAUAUGCUGAUGUAGAUAGGAUAAAAGAUACAGAGUGGUUGGUUUACAGUAAACAAUUACUAAACAUGUGAAGAAGCAGGAAAAUGUGAAUCAAUGUGAAGACCAAAAAGAAGAAGAAAGAAACCAAACAAAUUAACAGACCCCACGAUGACCCAGAUAUUGGAAUUAACAGACAGAACAUCUAUGAUGAUAACAGUCUCCUGUAAAUUGAACUUUUUCAAGAAUUUUCUGAAGGAACUAAGAAUUUUCUUAGAUCAUGACUUAAUCGAAUGCAAGAACAAGAAAUAGGUUUUAUCUCUAAAUAUAAUGAAGGGCUGUGUGUAAACACUGACCCUGACUCAAUUCUAAUGAGCAUUUUAGACAUGAGUUUACAUCGGCAAAUGGGUUCAGAUCGAGACCUUCAGUCAUCUGCUUCAUCUGUGAGCUUGCCUUCAGUCAAAAAAGCACCCAAAAAAAGAAGAAUUACAAUAGGCUCUCUAUUUCGGAGGAAAAAGGAUAACAAACGCAAAUCAAGGGAACUAAAUGGUGGAGUGGAUGGAAUUGCAAGUAUUGAAAGCAUACAUUCUGAAAUGUGUACUGAUAAGAAUUCCAUUUUCUCUACAAAUACCUCCACUGACAAUGGAUUAACUUCCAUCAGCAAACAAAUUGGAGACUUUAUAGAGUGCCCUUUAUGCCUUUUGAGGCAUUCUAAAGACAGAUUUCCUGAGAUAAUGACUUGUCAUCAUAGAUCUUGUGUGGAUUGCUUACGACAAUAUCUAAGGAUAGAAAUCUCUGAAAGCAGAGUUAAUAUCAGUUGUCCAGAAUGUACUGAGCGGUUUAAUCCCCAUGAUAUUCGUUUGAUAUUAAGUGAUGAUGUCUUGAUGGAAAAAUAUGAAGAAUUUAUGCUUAGACGGUGGCUUGUUGCAGAUCCUGAUUGUAGGUGGUGUCCAGCUCCAGACUGUGGAUAUGCUGUGAUAGCAUUUGGAUGUGCCAGCUGUCCAAAAUUAACUUGUGGGCGAGAAGGUUGUGGAACAGAGUUUUGCUACCACUGUAAACAGAUUUGGCACCCCAACCAGACAUGUGAUGCUGCCCGACAAGAGAGAGCCCAGAGUUUACGUCUGAGAACUAUACGUUCUUCAUCCAUUAGUUAUAGUCAAGAGUCUGGAGCAGCAGCUGAUGAUAUAAAGCCAUGUCCACGAUGCGCUGCUUAUAUAAUAAAGAUGAAUGAUGGAAGCUGCAAUCACAUGACAUGUGCUGUUUGUGGUUGUGAGUUUUGUUGGUUGUGUAUGAAAGAAAUCUCAGAUUUACAUUAUUUAAGUCCAUCAGGAUGUACUUUUUGGGGCAAGAAACCCUGGAGCCGAAAGAAGAAAAUUUUGUGGCAGCUAGGAACACUUGUUGGUGCUCCUGUAGGAAUUGCUUUAAUAGCUGGCAUUGCUAUCCCUGCAAUGAUUAUUGGCAUUCCUGUAUAUGUGGGCCGGAAGAUUCACAAUCGAUAUGAAGGCAAGGAUGUUUCAAAGCACAAACGGAAUUUGGCCAUAGCAGGUGGUGUAACAUUGUCUGUAAUCGUAUCUCCAGUAGUAGCUGCAGUAACUGUAGGUAUUGGUGUUCCUAUUAUGUUAGCAUAUGUCUAUGGCGUUGUUCCAAUUUCUCUCUGUCGAAGUGGAGGUUGUGGAGUCUCAGCAGGCAAUGGAAAAGGAGUCAGGAUUGAAUUUGAUGAUGAAAAUGAUAUAAAUGUUGGUGGACCUAACACAGCUGUAGAUACAACUUCAGUAGCAGAAGCAAGACACAACCCUAGCAUAGGGGAGGGAAGUGUUGGUGGUCUGACGGGCAGUUUGAGUGCAAGUGGAAGCCACAUGGAUCGAAUAGGAGCCAUUCGAGACAACCUGAGUGAAACGGCUAGCACCAUGGCACUAGCUGGAGCUAGUAUAACAGGGAGUCUGUCAGGAAGUGCCAUGGUAAACUGUUUUAACAGGUUGGAAGUACAAGCAGAUGUACAGAAAGAACGGUACAGUCUAAGUGGAGAGUCUGGCACAGUCAGCUUGGGAACAGUUAGUGAUAAUGCCAGCACCAAAGCAAUGGCAGGAUCCAUUCUGAAUUCCUACAUCCCAUUGGACAAAGAAGGCAACAGUAUGGAGGUACAAGUAGAUAUUGAAUCAAAGCCAUCCAAAUUCAGACACAAUAGUGGAAGCAGUAGUGUGGACGAUGGCAGCACCACACGAAAUCAUGCUGGUGUUUCAUCUAGUGGCUUCCCUGAAGGUAAAUCAAGUGCCACCAAGUGGUCCAAAGAAGCAACAGCAGGAAAAAAACCAAAAAGUGGUAAAUUGAGGAAAAAGAGUAACAUGAAGAUAAAUGAGACUAGAGAGGACAUGGAUGCACAGUUGUUAGAACAACAGAGUACGAACUCAAGUGAAUUUGAGGCUCCAUCCCUCAGUGAUAGUAUGCCAUCUGUAGCAGAUUCGCACUCAAGUCAUUUUUCUGAAUUUAGUUGUUCUGACCUAGAAAGCAUGAAAACUUCUUGUAGUCAUGGUUCCAGUGAUUAUCAUGCCCGCUUUGCUACUGUUAGCAUUCUUCCUGAGGUAGAAAAUGACCGCCUGGAAAAUUCCCCACAUCAGGGUAGCAUUUCCUUGCUUACCAAAACUGCUUCAUGUUCAGAAGUUCCACAGUUGAAUAAUAUUGCUGAAGAACAUGGUAACCAUGGAAUAAUACCUAAUGUUGAUUUAUAUUUUAGUGAUGUACUAAAAGAAACAAAUAACAACCAUUUACAUCAGACAGUGGAAUUAAAAGUUGCAAUUCAGACUGAAAUUUAGGCCUAUAAAUGCUGCAAAAGAAUUACCACUGAACAACCAUGUUUGGAGCUGGUUGAACUACAUGUGACUACUUUUAAGUUUCAAGUUACCCACAAAAGCCAGGUUUGAUAAUCAUAAUGCAGAUAUAUUUUCUGUGUUCAGCAAAGCAUUGUGUUUCAUGUGGAUCUUAAUUACCAAACUAUGAAAUGAAGGCUUUAUAAGUGCAUUAUUAUAAGGAUAAUAAAUCUUAAGAGCAAAGCAUGUUUUGUGUGUUUGCCACAAAACACUGCUUAAGCACAUACUGUUUAUUUAGAUAGAAAUUUGGCUUAAUUUAUAACUGAUAUAAAAUACUAAUGCAUUCUACAACAUUCUUAUGAAGAAAAAACUUGAGGCUUAUGGGUAAGUGGUUAGUGACAUUUUAUUGAAACCACUAAGGGAUACUAUUUGAAAGAACCUUGCAAGGUUACUUUAAUAUAUGAUAUCUUAAAACAUUUCUGUUCAUAACCGGGCAUAAAUUUCAUUUCUUUCUUCAUAUGCAAUGUGGAUAUAUAAAGCUUAAUGCAGCCCAUUUGCUACCAUUUGGAUACUUAAACACGUUGAACAAGAUUGUAGCAGUUUUUGCACAACUUUGACAUAGAUAUACCUGGUACUCUAUAUAACUUGUAUGUUGUUGAUGUCGUCUUAGAAAAGAAGUGUAAUGGUAGGUAAUUAAAUAUACUGAUAGCAACAAAUAAGAUAUUUAACACUGCAAAAUAAAAUUCUGUUAGUUUAUAAGUAUUUUAAAAAGUCACCUUUCUUUUUACUAAGGGGAAGUUUGCACCCCAAUGAUUCUUGGUGCCUUUGGAAUAGACUGGGUUUUAAGGACCUAGUCAUUUGAGGAUUUUGUUGUAUUAUUUUCCACAGUAUCCUCUCUAGCCACCUUGGAUUAUGUAGAAAAAUACAAGAAAUAGAUAACAUGAAUGUGAUUAAUAACAAUGCUGAAAACGUAUUAGCCUACCAAAGACACACUCAGGCGUUAGUGAAUAACUUUACAUAACCUCAGUUUUUAAACACUUGUGUAUCUUCUCCAAUCAUAAAAUCAGAGCAUGGUGCAGUUUGUACAAGUUGGCUUUAUUUCCUUUUGCUUUUGUUUAUUGAAGAUGUUUAGGUGACAUAAGCAGAAUUUGGCCAAAAUACUGCCUAUAUUGUUAACUUCCUGUAUAAUUCACCUAAAUGAAGCAGGUUAACCUCAAUGAUAGUAAUUAAAAUGUUCCAUCUUAUGUGUUUCUUUUGAGUAUUGCCAUUAUGGUGCUACUGAGCGAUUUCUUUUGACAAAAAGAAAAAUGCCAUGGGCUGCAUGCUGCUUUCAUCACUUUUCCUCACUAGGUCCAUUAAUAUGCUUAUAACACUAGUGCCAGUUAUUUUAUAAUGCUUCUUAUGGUAUUUGUAUAUUUGUUUGCAUUCCAAUUCUAUUCAAUAAUGAGUGUGUAAAUUGCAUAUGUGAAAUAAAUGUAAAUACUAAUGUAUUGCUGCUUUGGGUUUGUGCACAAGUGCUUUUAUGAGAACAGAAAUACUUAUUUGCCCUGUGGUAGUAUUCAUAAAUAUUGCAAGCCAUUAAGAUGAUUCUGCCUUCAGUCUCUCAGCCCAAAGGGAAGUAUUUGCUGAACUUCUUAAACCUAGAAACAGAUGUUAGAGAAACUAUCCUUUCUUCAUGUCUCAUUUCUGCUUUCCUCCAGAAAGAAGCUGCUUUGUUCAUCAACAUAAUUUUAUUUUUCAAAAUAAAUUGGUUGGAUUUAACUUAAAGAAAUAGAUCUAUUGUUAAAUUUUGAAAAGAGAUCAGUACUGUAAAUCCUCACCUUAACAGAAAAGUAAAAGAUCUAUUUUAAGAGAUUAUACUCAAGCAAAAUUAGAUUAUGAAACCAGAACCAUUUAAAUUCAAGCUAGUAGAAUUCAAGUGCUUUCUAUAAUGGCAGCCUCUCUACAAUGCAUAAAUGGUUUACUGGUCUGUGGUUAACACUAAAUGAAAAUAAUCUGUAUGAAUAUGUUAACUGCCUUCUUGAUGUUUCUGUAAAGACUGAGGAAAGCUAAAUAAUCUUAGGAGAAAUACAGCCAAAAUGGUGUCGUGUAGGAGGCCAGUGCCUUCAGUUCACUCCUGCCCUUCUUCUGGUUGUACCCCCAGUCAAUGCCACCUCAGUCUCACUUUAGAAAUGGUCUAAACCUUUUGACUGGCUUCCGAAGUUCUUUCUUCUCCUACAGGGCCUUCAACCUUGGAAUAACUUUGGACCAAGCCAGAUUUCCCUGGAACUCAACUCCAGGCUAGCCUCCAACAAGAGAAGACCUCAGGUUUCAAGUCAAACAAGGCUUCGCUCACCAAAAUCUUUUUAGCCUUUGUACUUUGCUUUCUUUAAAGCCUGUAGAGGAAAUUUCACAUGGUAGUGAGAGAGAAUACAAAAAUUAUAACAGUAUACUCUACUGUUCAUUGUAUAAAUUAUCAAUCUAACUGGAUUCUCUUAAAUGUACAAAUUCCUAUCUUUGGAGCACCGAAAUUAGUUAGCUUUUUAUAUUGAGUUCACACUCAAUCCAUCAUGCUUAACUUACUAUUGCUGAAAAUUGAGUUAAUUUGUAAAUAUAUGACUUUCUGUAGCAUGUUGUCUAAAGAUAAACUUAGAUCAUCAAUGGAUAAAGUAUAUUUAUCGAAAAUCAUUAGCUCUGUUAUUUCUUACAUGAGAUAAAACUGUCCCAUAGUUUUGUCUUUUCAUUCAAAGUCGUCAUUUCAUUUAUUCCCAUCAUUAUGAGAUAAAGUAUGACUUCAAGCCACUGUUUAUGUACUGGGUGGUUUGAAAUCUCAAAAUGGUAGUCUGAAUGAAUUUGGAGAAAGAAGAUUUGACUAACAGUACUGUGGUAAAUUGAAUUAUGUAUCCCAAUUUAGACAUGUUCUUAAUCUGCAUUCCUGUUGGUGUGAACCCAUCGUGAAUAGGAUCUCUUGAAGAUGUUAUUUUUAGUUAAGUUGUGGCCAACUGAAGCAGGCUGGGCCUUAACCCAGAUUACUGGAGUCUUUAUAAGCAGAAGAAAUUCAGUCAGAGAAUGCCACAGGAAGGAGCCAGAAGUGAACAGAACCCAGAAGAGAAAGGAAGGGACAUCACCAGGUGAUGAGAGACAGGGAUACAAGUCCAGGAACCCCAAGGAUUACUGGCAACCAACACCAGAAUGCUGCAGACUUUGGGAAGAAAGCACCACUUCACUGACACCUCAGUUUUGGACAUGUAACCUCAAUACUGUGAGCCAAUAAAUUCCUGUUGUUUAAGCCAACCCAUUGUGUGGUAUUGUUGUGGCAAAUGGGCAAACCAAGACAAAUACUCUCAAUAGUGCCGGCAGUUAAUACUAUUUUCUAAAAGGCAAACAGUAUUAAUAUUUAUUGCUUUGGUAGUCAUUGAACAGUGAAAGAGAGUUUGCAGGUUGUAAGUUUGAUUCAGAUCAAAUUAGUUCACUCCAUAUGCCAACCAGCAUUUUUAUAAUUUCUACCAAUUUAGUCAUUCAACAAAGUCAUAAGCAUUUCUAGGUACUGGGGAUACAGCAGAGUACCAAAUAAACAGAGUCUCUGGCUUUAAGUUGGGGCAGAGAGAGAAAAAUAGUAACAUAUACAUAUAACUAUAAAAUAAUACCAGAUGAUAGGUGCUGUAAAAAAUACAGGGAGGGUGUAGAGUGACUUGUGGGUUGGAUGGCAGUGCUGUUAUAUAUCGGGCAAACAGGAAAGGUCUGUUAACUAGAUGCAUCUGUUCAAAGAUCUAAAGGUAGUGAAGGAGAAACCCUGCACACGUAUCUGGUGGAUAAGCAUUCCAGAAAGAUCUUCCCCAUGGUUAGUGGACAAUUUAGACAUCAAUCCUUGAGAUUUUAGUUUGAAAUCUAGUAAGUCUCCCCCUUGUUUUUCUAGCACUGUAUGUUUCCAUAAAUAUUUAGAAUAACCAUGUCAAGUUCCACGAAUUUUGAUUGGGAUUGCAUUGACUCUAAUUAUCCCUAUAGAUUAGGUCUUUCACAUCUUUUGUUAAAUUUAUUAACAGGUACUUUUUUUAAACCAUUGUAAUGUUAUGUUUAAAAAAAAAAUCAUUUUCUGCUUGUGGCUAGUAGUAUAUAGAUAUACUUGAUUUUUGUAUAAUGAUUUUGUGUCUGGGGAAUCUUACUCUCUUAAUUCCAAUAAUUUAUGCCUCAAUUCUAUGGGAUUUCUAUGUACGCAAUAAGUGAAUAACUUAUUUUUAUUUAUUUAAAACUUUUUCAGUCAGACACUUUUAAGUACUUUUUAAAUGUUAACUUACGCCUCAGAACAGCCCUGUGAAGGAGGUACUCUUACCCAAUUUUAUAGAUGAAGAAACUGAGGCAUGAAGAUAUUAAGUAAUUUGCCCAAGGUUGCAUAGCUGGUAAAUGGCAGAGCCGGGUUUCAGACUGUUUUGUUUCUUCCUUCUCUGUGAUCACACCAUUUCUUUUUCUUGCUUGAUUGCACUGGCUCAAAUUUUUAAUGUAUGGUACUAGAUAACAGUGAUUAUAGGAGACAUUGUUGAUUUGUUAGUAAUCUCAAAGGGAAUCCUUGCAAUGUUUAACCAUUAAUUAUAUUUGCUGCAGAUAUAUUUGUAGAUACUCUUUAUUAAGUUUAGUAAAUUUCCUUGUAACUCCUAGUUUGCUAGGAGUUUUUACCUUGGAAAAUAUGUUGAAUUUUAUUGGCUGCUUUUGGGGUGGGAGGGGGACUCCAUCAUAUAGUCAUGAUUUUCUCCUUUACUGUGUUAAUUUGAUUUUUCAAAUGUUAACCUUGUGGGAUAAAUUUUAAUAUCAGGGUGUACACAGUUGGAAUUAUAUCUUCCUUGAAUGUUUGGUAGAAAUUAUUGUUAGGGCUGUUGUCUUGGCCUAAAUUGUUUGUUUCUUAAUAUCACAGAGAAUCAGAGUUUGUAAAUAAAUUGUUUUUCAUCUAUAUAAUGUGAACACAUUCAGUAAGGAAUGGCAAGCUCUUUCCUGUAUAAGCAUUUACUAUCCUAGAAUGUGUAGACUUUGCUGGCUAGCUGGUAACUAAUAGUCCUGCUUUUAUUAUAUUUAUUAAUCUUUUCAGCCUUUUAGCUAAUAUCAGUGGAACACCUAUUUCUGCUACCUUUUGCCCUGAAUGAAAGAGGAAGAACUUAGAUAUUUCACUAUACCAUGUGUACCAGGCACCUCCAAAUUCUAAAUUACAAAUUCAAGAUACUGGGAAAGCAGACAUCUUAAACUAUAGGCCUCUUUAGGGCAGUAACAUUGUCUUUCCAUUUAUUUUUCCUGCAAAUAUGUACUUAAUAUAUAUUUUAUAUAUGAAGAGGGAAUUGAGGAUAAUCUUGCUUUGAUGGGGCAGAAGUAUAACUGAGCAAAGGGAAUGAGGAUGUUUGUGGACUUAGACCUCAAGAGUUGGUAAGUGAUCACUUCAUAACCCUGUGCACCGAAAUAAGUUGUUUGAAACAAAUGAGUGGCUGAUAAGGCAGUCACUUUUAGCAAGGUUUUAUACCAAAUAUGUAGUUUAUAACUAUUGUAGAAUAUGACCAUUACCAGAAUGUAUUUGUUCAUGGUUGGUAGAACCAGGGCAUUUUGUUUGCUUAUUUUGUAUAAAGAAAAUGUAAUACUUUUUCAGUUAGAUAAAAAAAUCAUUGUUGCCUUAGAGGUAAUGUGUGAACUGAUGUUUUGAGGCAAUUAGUGUUGAAAUUUUAAAUGACAUGUGCAUUAAAAAAUUUUUUUCCUA